GUAAAAGUAAACGUGCGCUCUUCUGUUUAUGUGGAGAGAAAAUCACGUGUGAUGGAGGGUACGAGACCAGAUUCACCUGAACCCAGCUGUGUCUCCAUGAAGAGUGACCGGUCAAUGCAUCCUCCACUUAACUUUAAAGAUGAAGGAUGUUCUACUGAUCUGAGUGUGAUGGAGGGUGUGAGACCAGAUUCACCUGAACCCAGCUGUGUCUCCAUGAAGAGCAACCAGUCAAUGGAACAGCCACAUAACUAUAAAGAUGGAGGUGAUUCUACAGAUUUGAGUGUGAUGGAGGGUGUGAGACCAGAUUCACCUGAACCCAGCUGUGUCUUCUCCAUGAAGAGCAAUCAGUCAAUGGGACAACCACUUAACUUUAAAGAUGGAGGAUGUUUUACUGAUCUGAGGUCAGUAUAAUCUCAUUGUUGUGUUAGUGCCUUAGAUCACUGUGCCACCUAAGCACCCAACUCUGAAUACUUUCUGAAUCUAAAAACUAAUUAGAACUAAAUAAAGUUUUGAAAAAAUUCUCUGAGUAAACAUGACUGAAAUCCGUGCCGCGUCGGUGGAAAAUGUGUGUGUGAUGGGAGGGUAAGAGAUCAGAUUCACCUGAACCCAGCUGUGUCUCCAUGAUGAGCCACCGGUCAAUGCAAUGCACUUAACUUUAAAUAUGGAGGAUGUUCUUCUGAUCUGAGGUCAGUAUAAUCUCAUGCUCUAGUGAUCUAGUUCCUCCUGAUCAAACACAUUAACUUUAUUAAACUUAUUCAACUAGUCAAUUCAUUUAUAGAAAUAUAGAAUAUGUUUCAAUAACUGGAUGAUGGAACAUGCUAGUGUUCAGUACUGUUCUGUAUAUUUAUUGAUGUUGUAUAAUAAAAACUGAAAGGUUGCACCAUUGUUUGUCUUUUUAUUACCAGACCACAAAAGAUGAAAUUAAAUGUUACUUACAGAGAUCAGCUGGAAUCCAUAUUUAAGGAACUGGAGCUCAAAGUCAUCAGCAUGUUAAAGAAUGAGCUAAACAAGUUCAAAAAGCUACUGAAUGAAGAUUACCCAGCAUGCUCUGAGCAGGAGGUGAAGGAUUUAGAAGAUCUGAGUAGUUUCAGAGAGGGGGCGCUAAAGAUCACUCAGAAUGUUCUGAAGAGCAUGAACCAGACAGACCUCGCUAACACCCUGCAGAGGAAACUAUUAGUCCCUGUAUAUCAGAAAAAACUCAAAUCCAACCUGAGAGAGAAAUUUAAAAGAAUUAAUGAAGGAAUCUCCCAGCAUGGAAGCUCAGCACUUCUGAAUGAGAUCUUCACAGAGCUCUACAUCACAGAGGGUUGGAGUGGAGAUGUCAAUAAUGAACAUGAGGUCAGACAGAUUGAAGCAGCAUCCAGAAGACCAGCAGCACAGGAGAUUCCCAUCAAAUGUACCAACCUCUUUAAAGACUCGUCCAUCAGAACUGUGCUGACUAAAGGAAUCGCUGGAAUUGGAAAAACAGUCUCAGUGCAGAAGUUCAUUCUGGACUGGACUAAAGGAAAAGCAAAUCAGGACAUCAUCUUCAUAUUUCCACUUCCUUUUAGAGAGCUGAACUUGAUGAAGCAAGAAAAUCUCAGUCUGAUGGAACUUCUUCAUCAGUUUUUCCCAGAAGUGAAAGGUCUGCCAUCAUUAGACUGUGAUGUUUAUAAGGUUUUGCUCAUCUUUGAUGGUCUCGAUGAGUGUCGACUUCCUCUAGAUUUUCAAAAUAAUGAGCAAUUGUGUAACUUAACAAAGUCAGUAAAAAUGGAUGUGCUUCUGACAAACCUCAUCAAGGGGAACCUGCUUCCCUCUGCUCACCUCUGGAUCACCACUCGACCAGGAGCAGCCAAUCAGAUCCCUCCUGAGUGUGUAGACCAGGUAACAGAGGUACGAGGGUUCAGUGACCCUCAGAAAGAGGAGUACUUCAGGAAGAGGAUCAGUGAUGAGAACCUGGCUAGUAAAAUCAUCAAACACAUAAAGUCACCAAGAAGCCUCUACAUCAUGUGUCACAUUCCAGUGUUCUGCUGGAUCUCAGCCUCUGUUCUAGAGAGAAUUCUGGAUGAAGCCGAGGGGAAAGAGAUCCCCAAAACUCUGACUCAAAUGUUCACUUACUUUCUGAUCUUUCAGAUAAAACACACGGAACAAAAGUACCAUGGGAAAUCUGAGCCUGAUCCACACCAGACCAGUGAGACUAUACUGGCACUGGGAAAACUGGCCUUCCAACAGCUGGAGAAAGGAAACCUGAUCUUCUAUGAGAAGGACCUGACAGAGUGUGGCAUCGAUGUUAAAAACACAUCAGUGUACUCAGGAGUCUGCACCCAAAUUUUUAGAAAGGAGUUUGGGCUGCACCUGGGUCAGGUCUUCAGCUUUGUGCACCUGAGUGUUCAGGAGUUUCUGGCUGCUUUAUAUGUAUUUCUCACCUUCAUCAACAAAAACAGAAAUGUGCAGGUGAUGCAAAACACUGGAUUCUUUAACAUUUUUAGAAACUAUACAAACAUGUCUGACUUUCUGAAGAGUGCAGUGGACAAGGCCUUACAGAGUAAGAAUGGACACCUGGAUCUUUUCCUCCGCUUCCUCCUGGGUCUCUCACUGGAGUCCAAUCAGACUCUCUUACAAGGCCUACUGCCACAAACAGGAGGUAGCUUUUACAACACAGAGGAAACAGUCAGGUACAUCAAGGAGAAGAUCAGUGAGAAUCCCUCUCCAGAGAAAUCCAUCAAUCUGUUCCACUGUUUGAAUGAACUGAACGAUGAUUCUCUAGUGCAGGAAGUCCAACAAUACCUGAACAGAAGAGGUUAUGCUUAUAACGAUGAACUCCGUCUGUCUCCUGCUCAGUGGUCGGCUCUGGUGUUUGUGUUGCUGAAUUCAGAUCAGCAGCUGGAUGAGUUUGAUUUGAGGAAAUAUUAUCCAUCACAUGAAGGUCUUCUGAAGAUGCUGCCAGUGGUGAAAGAAUCGAGAAAAGCUGAGUUGUGGGAGUGUAAUCUAACAGAGAGAAGUUGUGAAGUUCUGUCCUCAGUUCUCAGUUUAAACUCCUCCAGUCUGAAACAUCUGGACCUGAGUAACAAUAAACUGAAGGAUUCAGGAGUGAAGCUGCUCUCUGCUGGACUGGAUAAUCCACACUGUAAACUGGAGAUACUUGAGUUGUGGGAUUGUAAUCUAACAGAAAAAAGUGGUAAAGUUCUGUCCUCAGUUCUCAGUUUAAACUCCUCCAGUCUGAAAGUUCUGAACCUGGGUUACAAUAACCUGAAGGAUUCAGGAGUGAAGCUGCUCUCUGCUGGACUGGAGAAUCCACACUGUAAACUGGAGAUACUGGAGUUAAAUAGCUGCAGUAUUACAAAUGAAGGUUUUACUGCUCUGGCUUCAGCUCUGAAAUUUAAUCCAUCAUCACGUCUGAGAGAACUGCAUCUGAACGACAAUCAUCCAAAAAAAUCAGGAGUAAAACUGCUGAAGGAUCUACUGGUGGAUCCACAAUGUAACCUGGAGGAACUACAAUUCUGAUUCUAAUACAUACUUGAAUUAAGAGAAGAAGAAGAUGAAGAGCAGUGGAGAUAAACACCUUUUACUCUUAACACUGGGAUUCUACAUGGUGAUGCUUUGUUCAGCUUCUUUAUGUUCUAAUCUGUAAAUUAUCUUUACAUCACUUCCUGUACAAGAUCAACACUCUCAAACCCAUACUGAAGUGCUGACGGAUUCAUCUCUUCAUUCUGUACAUCAGUACUGUGUACAGUGAAAUACACAGUUCAGUGAGAUUGGAGAGUCCAUCAGGUUACUGCUAGUAGCUAGUGGAUUCUCCCCUACCCACAAUCCACUGUGAUCCUGUGAUGUUUCUACCAGUAACCAGUAGUUUUUGGAAUGCCAUUGACAUGUCGCAGAGGUUAACACGUGAGGAGCGGAUAGAAAUUGUGUUGAUGUCUGGUGAACGCAGUACCCGGGUCAUUGCAGCAGAUUUCAAACCCUACGAGACCACCCAUCUCCCAUGCUACAGUUAGCAAACUGCUUGCCAAGUUUCGUGAAACUGGUUCAGUGUUGGAUUUGCCAAAAUGUGGACGCAUGAAAACUGUCACUAAUGAAGAAACAUCAGUGGCUGUCCUAGCUUCAUUCAGCAAGAGCCCACAGCGUAGCACUCGCCGCAUGUCACUGGAGAGUGGCAUCAGUCGAACAUCCCUUCGGCGGAUAUUAGCUACUCACAAAUGGCACCCUUACAAACUCCAGCUGCUGCAGCGUCUCAACGAGGAUGACCCAGAUCGGUGCACUGAAUUUGCAGAAUGGGCAAAACAAAAAUUGGAACAGGACCCUCAGUUUACACAGAACAUUUUGUUUAGUGAUGAGGCAAACUUUUAUGUGAAUGGUGAAGUUAACAAACAAAACCACCGCUAUUGGUCUGACACUAACCCACAUUGGAUAGAUCCCUCCAAGACUGUUGGAACACAAAAAUUGAUGGUAUGGUGUGGUAUAUGGGGUACAAAGAUAGUGGGGCCAUUCUUCAUCAAUGGAAACCUCAAGGCCACUGGAUAUUUGAAAUUGCUACAUGAUGAUGUGUUUCCCUCUUUAUGCACUGAAGCUGGCACGUUCCCUGAGUUUUUCCAGCAAGAUGGUGCACCACCACAUUAUGGGUGUCAGGUCCGAGCAUUCCUAGAUGAACAGUUUCCUGGAAAGUGGAUUGGUCGUCGUGGGCCAGUUGAAUGGCCCCCAAGGUCUCCCGUUCUGACCCCCUUAGACUUUUAUCUUUGGGGUCAUCUGAAGGCAAUUGUCUAUGCUGUGAAGAUACGAGAUGUGCAGCACCUGAAACUACGGAUAUUUCUUCUGCGGUGUUGCUAUCAGUGUGUGAAGAGUGGGAGAAGAGGGUUGCAUUGACAAUCCAAAACAAUGGGCAGCACUUUGAACACAUUUUAUAAGUGGUCAGAAACUUGUAAAUAACUCAUGAAAGAAUAAAGUUACAUUAAAAGUUUUCCCCCUCCCAUAUACUAAUGUGCCACAAACAGGAAGUUAAUAUCACCAACCAUUCCCAUUUUAUUUAGGUGUAUCCAUAUAAAUGGCCCACCCUAUAUAAGGUCAGAAAUACUGUAAAACUUGUGUGUGUGUGUGCCGGUGUAUUAUGAUUAGGGCUGCAACUAACGAUUAUUUUAGUAGUCGACUAAUCUGAUGAUUAUUUUUUCGAUUAGUCGACUAGUCCGCGAUUAUUUAUGUCAUACACUCCAUCUCUGCCUUAACAUAAAACUCUGUUAUGUUAUUUAAGUUCCAAUAUCAAAUUAAAAUAAUGACCCAUGAAACAUGAAUAUGAAACUUAAGCUUGAUAGUUUAAUUAAAUAUAUUUGAAACAUUAAUACACAAUCACAAUAAAAAAAAUUCAAUGAAAUAAAGCUUUGGACAGCAUUAGAAACUGUUAUGUUUCAGAAGUUAUCACUCUGGAAGUCAAAAACAUUUAUAACAUGUCGUUGAGAAACAUGUGAAUGCUGUCUGUGAGGACCUCAGCCAUUUGAGAGGUGCAUGAACAUCUUCUCUUCUCAUCCACACUUCAUUGCUUAGUGCUAUUAAUAGAAAGCGCAAAAGAGAAAGCUGUAUUAAUUAUCACAAACUGAAGGCUAUAUAUCAUAGUUUAUUACAAAUAGUGUACUGGCUAUGCCAGCUAAACCAUAACAGGUUAAAUAUCUUAACUGAAUUAUCUGCUGAGCUAACUAGCUAUCAUUAAGUGGAGGAGGCUUAUUAUUUAGAAUGAAUGCUCUUAUUAACGAGAGCAAAAAAUAUGGAAGAUGAGACAGGGUAACGUUAGGCUAUAAUGUUAAGUUAUAUAACGUUACUCAUAUAAAUGACUGAUUAACUAUUGCACUUAAUGCGUUAGCUAGCAAACAAACCUGAAAAAUAGCGAACUCUUAGAUAGUUUUCCGACAAGUACUCUAGCAUUAACAAACAUUAACUACAUUGGUUAAAGCACAAAGCGAUGUAAAAACUUACCAGAAUAAUGCUGCUCAUCAUGGCUGCAAGGCGUUUCACCGUGUUGCUGGCGUGAAACCACAACUCUGCUCUGUAGUGUCUGCGUUCAGCUCGUUUCUUUGGGUUAUUUUGGCUGAAAUACUUUAGAAAGUUCGGUCUCUUUAUCUUUGCCUCUCUGUCUUCAUAAACUCCCCGCUGUGCCAUGGAAGCGAUGCUGUGCCCCCUGCAGUCCCUUUAGUGCAUUGCAUCAAUAAAGACGCAUCGACAAUGAAAUUCCACAUCGACAAAUUUUUAUAGUCGACGUUAUCGAUUACGUCGACUAAUCGUUGCAGCCCUAAUUAUGAUAUAAACUGUAUUAAGCCCCUGUACAGCCACACUCCUCCCCUGCGUUUCUCCUCAUGCUGUAUCUUGCGUUAGAACGUUAGAAUGUUAGAAAUCUUGAUCCAGUGCUCGCCGAGCCGGUCGGAUCGAGUUGUUGGAUAGAGAGCCGAGUUUUGAUCAAACACCGAGUUGCUCCCGAGCCGGCAAAUCUAGACCAGUCGCCAAGCGAAAAUCAGGGCAAAAGCCAUGUAGUGUGAACUAGGCAUAAGUUUCUUAUUCGCACAGAACAGAGCGGUAGAGAGAACAGAGUGGCAACACUCCCAUAGGGAACCAUUGUAAAGGGGACGGAGACAUUUUUCUGCAUGUCUUCCGGGUUUUGGGGCUAGUGAAUAGUUCCAAACAUUCACUUUCAACCCAUAGAGCCACAUUUAUUUCCACUACUUAGCAAGCAUUUUCAGCGGUAUGUUGCUUUGUUUGAAAAAAAAUAAUGAAUUUGAUUUCAUUAAUAUACUUAAUCCUGUUAUUGUUUAGCAUUUGCUCAGCACUAAAUGUUUUGGCUUAUGUGUAAAUAAAAACGUAACAUUGUCAAAAUAAAAGAAGCAUGAAACGAUCACACCAAUCAGUGUUUUGUUCUUAUGAUAAUUUUAAUAAACAUUAGUGUCAGAUUAAUGAAUGACACUCGAGUCUUUUCACCUAAAAUGAGUUGAUUCAUCAAGAGUCUUGUUACAGAAAUGAUCAUAAAACAUUAGAGCCAUAAUAAAUCAUGCUACUUUUACUUUCAUACUUAAAUAAAUCAUGCUACUUUUACUUUCAUACUUAAGUACAUUUGAAGGUAAAUAUUUUAGUACUUUUACAAAAGUGGAGGUAAAGAGUAUUUUUACUAUUACUACUACUUUUGGGUGGCACGGUGGCUUAGUGGGUAGCACUGUCGCCUCCCAGCAAGAAGGUCCUGGGUUCAGUUCAGGUCCAGGUCCUUUCUGUGUGGAGUUUGCAUGUUCUCCCCGUGUCCGUGUGGGUUUCCUCCGGGUGCUCCGGUUUCCUCCCACAGUUCAAAGAGGUAUAUUGGAGACACUCAACUGUCCAUGACUGUGUUUGAUAUAACCUUGUGAACUGAUGAAUCAUGUGUAAUGAGUAACUACCGUUCCUGUCAUGAAUGUAACCAAAAGUGUAAAACAUGACGUUAAAAUCCUAAUAAAAUAAACAAACUACUA